AUGGCUCCCAAGCGUACACGAGAUGGGGAAAGCAACCCGGCUGGAUCAGGCGCGGACCAAGUAGUCAAGAAACGCAAAGGUUUCAGUGUUGGUCCUGCCAAUCUACCAGAUGGUACCUAUCGGCGGAAAACUCAAAAGAUCAAGUCCGACCUGAUCCAAAAGGCCAAGGUCAAAAAGGCUUACGCCAAGAUCAAGGCACAAGAACUGUCCACAAAUGCGCCCAAGCCUAUUUUCACCACAGCUGAAGAGGAGAAGGGGGAGACGAGGCACCAGCAGCCUAAACCCGAGCGGCGACCAGAGCGACGACCAGAGCGACGACCACGUGAGGCGAAUGGCCACCCAAGGCAGCGAAAGCCAAAACCUUCUGCGUUCGCCAAAGAGAUGGAAAUUGCAGAGAAGCGAAAACAGGAGGCAGAGGCCCGACAACGGGAACGAGAGGCGCGGCAGAAAGACCGCGAGGCAAUGGCGCGCGCAAAGCGCCUCGAUCAGAAUGGAAAGAGGCGCCUUGGUCGGGAGAGCAACGUACUUUUGAGUCGGGUUCAGCGCAUGGUUGGCCAAAAUUGA